AAAACUAAAAAAAGACUUUUAAAAGGAUUCUUUCAGAAGGGCCCGUCCGCCCCUCUACUCUCGUUUCCUCUCCUCUCCGCUCAUAAAAGCUCCAGUGGGUUGCUGCUUUUUGAAUUACGGCAAAGCUAAAACAAACAGACGAAAUCCAUUUUCUGAAUAAGGAGAAUCUCUUGUUUUUUGGGUCAGUUUGAGAAAAAGGGUGCUGUUCUUUUAGGGUUUUCUUUUAGAUGGACGAGAAUUUGCUUGAUAAUAUCAUAAGGAGGCUGGUGGGGGCCAAGAAUGGGAGGACUACCAAGCAAGUUCAGCUGACGGAGGCUGAGAUAAAGCUGCUUUGUGUUGCCUCCAAAGAGAUCUUUCUUAGUCAGCCUAAUCUUCUUGAGCUUGAAGCUCCUAUCAAGAUUUGUGGAGAUGUUCAUGGUCAAUUUUCAGAUCUUCUACGCUUGUUUGAGUAUGGAGGGUACCCUCCUACAGCAAACUAUUUAUUCCUAGGAGACUAUGUUGAUCGUGGCAAGCAGAGCAUUGAGACAAUUUGCCUUCUCCUAGCAUACAAAGUCAAAUACAAAGAGAAUUUUUUUCUCCUUAGAGGCAACCAUGAAUGCGCAUCAAUCAACCGUAUGUAUGGGUUCUAUGAUGAGUGCAAGAGAAGGUUUAGUGUUCGUGUCUGGAAGAUAUUUACAGAGUGCUUUAAUUGCCUUCCUGUUGCUGCUCUAAUUGAUGAGAAGAUCCUUUGCAUGCAUGGUGGAUUAUCUCCUGAUUUGAAAAAAUUGGAUCAGAUCCGGAACAUUGCUCGCCCUGUUGAUGUGCCAGAUCAAGGCCUUCUCUGUGAUCUUCUUUGGGCUGAUCCUGAUAAAGAUCUUGAAGGCUGGGGAGAGAAUGAUAGGGGUGUUUCAUAUACAUUUGGGGCUGAUACAGUUUCGGAAUUCCUUCAGAAACAUGAACUUGAUCUCAUUUGCCGAGCUCAUCAGGUUGUAGAAGAUGGUUAUGAGUUCUUUGCAAAGCGGCAAUUGGUGACCAUAUUCUCUGCACCAAACUACUGUGGUGAAUUUGAUAAUGCAGGUGCCAUGAUGAGCGUGGAUGAUACUUUAACAUGUUCCUUUCAGAUCCUUAAAUCUUUAGAGAAGAAAGGAAAGUUUGGAUUUGCCAACAAUGCGUUAAGGCCAGGAACUCCACCUCACAAGGGUGGGAAGCGCUGAGUAAGACUGUAGAGUCCGUAUUCAUAAAGUCCAAAGUGCAUGACUAAUGGUGUCGUUCCCUUGUUCUGUUGAAUCAAAUUCUGAUGGCUGCCAUGGCUUAAUCACUGUUAUAUGCAAAAGGAGUUAACUGAGGGUAGAGUUACUGGAAUUGCAAAUGAGAAGAGCCAAGGCACCCAGUUAUCAAUUGGCACUGAAUUUUUCUUUUCUUGUGUAAAAUGGAAUUCUGAUUUCAGUGUGUCGAAUUUUAGUUCUUGUAGGUAACACUUUCAUUUCAUAUCAUAACUUUUCAGCUUCUGUUAGUUUUGACUGGAGUAGUUGUUCCCUUCCAAAUGAAUGCAAAAAAAUAUUAUGAACAAGGUGGCUGUGGCUACCUCGUUGGAUGAUUUUCUGUUGAGAUUUUUUGAUGACCUAUGACAAUCAAGUGGCUGCAAAUCCUGAAUAAAUUUCAGGCACAUCAACUAAUGAGUUGGCUUAACACAAAGUCAUAAAAUCAAAGUAUUGAUGCAGCUACUAACUAUAUGCAUGCAUAUUGGGGAAAUUGAUAAACAUUAAAAUUCAAAGUUUACUGACGUCUUUCCUUUGAUCAUAUCAGCAACUCUGUCACAUGGCCGCCAAGAGAAUAUCGUAGCAUGCUGUCAGAUCAAUCUUGUAAAACCCAUCCUUCCAGUCAGCUUCUUGUUUGUUUUUGUUUUCUUCCUGGUGGCGAACAAUUCUCUUGCACCAGUCAUGACCCUCGCCAAGGUCUGGCCGUCCACCUUGUGUAUGGGGAUCACAC